GUUUACGCCGUUGCCCUUCGACCGGAUCAAUUCCGCAGACGUAGCCCGUUAAGUAAUUGCGAGCGCAAAAGUGCUUAGCGUGCUGUGGCCCAGUCGACAGUCGGCGUUGCUUACCGGUGAACCAGUCAAAUUACCUCAGUGCGUCUUGACAGUGUGUUUUUGUUGUUUCGAAGUGUUUUAGUAUCGUCGGAAUAAAUCGAAUUGUUUUUUUGGUGCCACGACAUUGGAUAUUUAAUAGGGGUUGAGAUAAAAAAAGCUGUCUGUUCGUGAAGAGAAGCAGGUGAAAAAUGACAUUCCUUUGCCAAACGAUACUCCUCCUAGGAGCAGUACUGUGGUGCGUCAAAGCAGAUCCUGUCCACAUCCUCUCGCAAAACUUGGAGCAGAUCAUCACAUCUUCAACGUUACAGUGGUUUGCCACUGAUGGUAGCGAUCCUACGAUUCUCAAACAGGGGGUGGUAGCGGCCUACCAAACCAUCGAUGAUGGCACUAAACUAGAAGAAUCCGACACCACCGACAACGACAUUCAGAAAAACACCCACCCAGUCUACGUGUGCAGGGCCAAAGUGACCAGUAUCUGGGUCACCGGCCAACUUCGCCCAAGAAACCACGUUUGCGUCGUGUCCCUCUACAGAAAAGUUCAAGAAUUCCGACAAUUCGAGGUCCUGACCAACAUAGACGACAGCGCUCGUCUGAGCUGGGUGGGCAAAAGCAAAUACACCAACCUCCCUCAAGGGGCCGUAACCAGCGGUGAAAACCUCCUCAGAACCUUUGUAGGCAGACGCGCUACAAGCUCCCAUAAUAAACCAGGUUCCUUAACUCACUACGUCGGUACUUUCAACCCUUCCGAAAAUUUGGGAGUGUAUUCGGUGGUGGAUCAGAACAACAACGAGAUUACGUUUGAAGAUGGCGAGAUUCUGGUCGAAACAGAACCAAUUUCCUAUGAAUUGAAGGCGAUAAAAUACAAAAGAGUUCUUGGAGGUAGGAGGUUCGUGAAAAAGAAGGUUAUCCUGGCCCAUACCGUCUUGAAGAACGACGAGAAUGGACUACAAAAAGUCGAAAGUGUCAUGGAUUAUAAAUACGAUUAUUUCCUGAGCUGGGGUAAAGGACACGGUAUUCUAACUGGGCUUCCUUUCACUGUAUUCCUACCAAAUAACAGUCAAAUUAGUGGAAGCUGGGGAUUGGCACAACCUUACGAAAAACUUGAAACAGUCCCAGUUCAUAAGCACCUAGAAGAAGGCACUGCUGUAAACGUUACCUUGGUUGGCAACUUUACAGAAAUGGAUAUGCCUUACACUGCUACUGUAAUCGCAUUGUACAAAGACGGUGAACGUAGAGAGUUUGUCAUCGAAGACACCAAAAGAGAGAACAAAGUACUGGACAUCAGCUUCGACUUCAGUCCAGUUUAUUUCCUUCACAACAACAGCUUCGUACCUACUACAACCACUACCACAACCACCACAACAACAACUACAACUACCACUUCACGGAGCACCUCAACAACCCAUGAAGUAGCUCCCAUGUCUGUACCUGAGGUAAUAUUACAGAAAAAACAGGAAGAAUUACAUGCAGAAAGCAAGAAAACUGACCCCUCGAUCGAAGAUAACUCGAUUUUAGCUGCUUCGACCUUGGAGAAGAAACCCGAUCACAGUGCUUCAAGUUCCUCUUCGAUAACAGCUUCUUUAGCGCUGUUCAAUCUGGCUCUUUUGGCUGUUUUACGGCUUACAUAAGGAGAUACUAAAUCAAUACGAUGAAUUGAGAGCAUUCUAUGGUUUCCCAUAACUUCUUUUCUCUAUCUCUUUUCAUUAAUCCAACCGAAUGUAAAUAGUUUAAGAGACUGUGUACAUAGAUGAAUCGAAUGUUGAACAGUGUUGCCGAAUGGGGUCGAUUUUUUUUUGGUGAUAUUUCUAUGAUUACCCUCGUCCAAGUCUGUAGUAGUUUUAGUAGCUUCGCUCUAAGGUGCGCUAGUGUGAUGGUUUCUUACGGUCAGUUACCGGUUACAGUUUUUUUUCAUUGUUAUUUAAUUUUAUUUCGUUUUAUUUAGUUUAUUGUUUUAGAUUGAUAUUUAGGUUAGUCGAUCUUAAGAAACCAUUUUUAAUUUGAAGAAUAUCGUAGUAUCGGUUGAUUGUAAAAUAGUAUCAUUAAGUUGCACUCGAAUACAUAUUUUAAUUUCUUUAUGUCUUGGUAUAAGUUUAUAUUUCAUGUACCACAAAAUGUUUUAAGAUCGACAAAUUGUGGUGGUUGGUGUAAAACUGAUAUACAGUAAGUUUAAAAUUAAAAUAUGUAUACAUAGGCAAGUUAAUAAUAUUAUUUUAUGAUCAUAGAAGAUUAGUAUUGCCUUUUUAGUUUCUUGUUAGUAGAAAUUAAUACAGUUUUUGUAGUAAAAAAGAAAACGUUAUAUUUUGUAUCCUAUACGGUAUGUACAGAAUUGUAGUUCGUGGUAUAUAUUUUUGCUAAGGAAUGAUGGCUACUGCUGUUUUAUGUUCAGUAUUGAAAAAAUGAUAAAUGUAAAUGUACAAAAGAGCUGUUGUUCGCGGGUUGUAGAUAUUUAAGUACCUACACAAGACAAAAACCCAGAUAAAACAAUCAUGCCAUUAGACAUAACAUUAAUAAAUUUACAAUCAAAUGAUAAUUAACUCUUCAUUCCAUUUGUUCGAAAUAAGUACAAAAAUCAAACUCAAAUAUUAUUUAUAGGUCCUUCUUUAUUUUAUAUUACUUUUUAUAUUGUUCAAUAUAACUAAAAGAGACUUCAAAAUGGUUCUUACGUGUAUGUGAUAAAAUAUACAUAUUGUUCUUUAGCUUAAACAGUAAAAAAUGUUUUAAUGAUAAGCGAUCUAAGGAAAUAAAAUAAAUUAUUGUAUCUGUCUAUUAUACUUCAAAAGCUUGUUGAAUGUUUCGAACUUAUGUCUUCACUUAUACUUCAACUAUAAUAAACUGUAGGGCACUUAAAUCAAUAAAAUAUUAUAUUAACAAAGUAAAAUGUUAUAAACAAAUGUUUCAAUGGUGUAACAAUUCUACUACAGUUAUAAAACCUUAAUAAAACUAAUAUCAGCUUCUAAAUGGUUGAAUUUUAAAGAAAUAGAUGGAUAAAUUGUGUUCCUAUGAGAGCUAGGUUUUUGAUAAAAAGCAUUUUUGUCGGUAUUUUUGUUACCGAAGAAGAACAAUGACUAGGAGGAUGAAAAAGGUUGUUUAAGGAAUUUGAAAUAAAAUAAAAAACAAAAAAUGGGUUUGAUUUUUUGAUUUUUUUAAACAACCUUUUUUGUCCUUCUAUCUAUAUAAGGGACUGACAUGUAUAAAAAAUAAUUAAUAAUAUUGAAUGAAUUUGAAUGUACAUUUCAUGUAUUAUGUAGAUAAAAAUAAAGAAUCUGAAAUCUG